UGUACUUAGCCCUUUCGAAGCUCCAAUGCUGGGGGUUUGAAUAAUGUUUGCUUGAUUGAAUAAUAAUAAUGAUGAUGUACUUAGGGUUAACUUAUUCUCUAGGAAGUGGUGAAGUCGGAGAAGUUUCCCACAAGUUGCCAACAAAGUUGACAAUAUCAGCUUUUAGUUACAUUAAUGCAAGAGAUUUUUAAAUAACUCAUAUUCAACUACGUACUCUUAGCUUUGCACAUUCACACUACUUCUGAAUUCUGAUACACAUCAUUCAGAAAAAGUUAACUUAAACUUUUCCCAAUUGCAAUGGCUUCUAACACCAGUGACAUUGUGAGCGUCAAUGUCCAUGUUUAAUAUUAAAAAUAAAAAGUACUAUAUUAUAUUGAUAUCUUGUCGUAUACAUGUUCUGUUUUGAUUCUCUUGGGUGAUGGUUUGACAUCCUUUAUUUUCUUUACAUAUGGUGUCCAAAUGACAUUGUCCAGCCAGAGUCAGUGUUUCAUAGUUUAAAAAAAAUGUACUCUAUUCUAUUGAUAUCUUGUCCUAUACAUGUACGUUCUAUUUUUAUUCUCCUAAGUGAUGAUUUGACAUCCUUUAUUUUCUUUAAAUUUUCAGACCACAAUAUCAAGAGAUUGAACAAAUUGUUCAAACGAUAAUAAAAUUACAGGGUCCCAAAUUUGCAAGUCUUCCAAAUAAUGAGCUAGUUGGAAUGCAAUCUCGUGUUCAAGAAUUAACAAAGCUUUUAAAUUUGGGCUCAGAUAAUGAUAUUCAAGUUGUUGGAAUUAGUGGGAUGAGUGGGAUAGGAAAGUCAACCGUUGUCCGUGCUUUAUAUGAAAGAAUAUCUCAUCAAUAUGAUUUAGGUGUUUUAUUGAUGAUGUGAGUAAAAUUUAUCGAGAUUCUAAUAUAUUAGGUGUACAAAAACAUUUACUUUCCCAGUCUCUAAAUGAGAAAAAUUUAGAGAUUUACAAUGUUUCUGAGGGAAAAUAUUUGAUAUGGACGAGGCUACGUGCAAAGGCACUUAUAGUUUUUGACAGUGUACGUUGAUCAAGUUAGACAAUUAAAGAUGUUUAUAGGAGGUAAAGACUCUGUAUUACGUAAAUCUUUAGCUGGAGGGAGCAAAAUCAUCAUAAUUUCUAGGGAUAAACAUAUAUCGAGAACAUAUGAAGUAGAUGAUGUUUACCAAGUGCAAUCUUUGGAUGAAGAUGAAGCUGUUAUGUUGUUUUGUAGAAAUGCUUUCAAAAGUAAUUCUAUUAUGAGUGGUUAUGAAAAGUUUACAGACGUCAUACUGCGACAUAUGCUCAAGGCCAUCCCUUAGCAAUUGAGGUAAUGGGCUCAUCUUUGUUUGGACGAAAUCUCUCACAUUGGAGAACUGCAUUGUCUAAGCUAAGAGAACAUAAAAGUAAAGAUAUUAUGGAUGUGUUGCGAAUAAGUUUUGAUGAGUUGGACGACUUUGUUAAGGAAGUAUUUUUAGAUAUUGCUUGUUUCUUCAAUUAUUAUUGUGAAGAUCACCUUAGAGAAGUUCUAGAUUUUCGUAGAUUUCAUCCUGAAGAUGGCCUACAAAUUCUCAUGGAUAAAUCACUCAUACAAAUUCACUAUGGGUACAUUUUUAUGCAUGAGUUAUUGAUAGAUUUGCGCAGGUUUAUUGUUUGAGAAAAAUCACCUAAGGAGCCAAGAAAGUGGAGUAGGUUGUGGGAUUGCCAAGAUUUCAACAAAAUUAUGUCAGAUAAUAUGGCUGCAGAGAAACUUGAAGUCAUAACUGUUGAACUUGAAAAAGAAGAAUUUCAUGAAACAACAACAAUGGUUGAUGCUCUAUCAAAAAUGAGUCACCUUAAGUUGCUCAAGCUUAAGAAUGUGAACUUUUCCGGAAGCCUCAGUUAUCUUUCAAAUGAGUUAGGAUAUAUUACUUGGGAUAAAUAUCCUUUUGAGUUUUUGCCUCAAAGUUUUCAGUCGGAGAAACUUGUUCAGUUGUCCCUAAGUGAAAGCAACAUCAAACAACUAUGGAAAGACAAAAAGCCUCUACACAAUUUGAGACGUUUGGAUCUCUCUUACUCUGAAAGCCUAACCAAGCUGCCAGAUUUUGGGGAGUUCCUAAAUCUUGAGUGGCUAAAUCUCAAAGGAUGUAUAAAACUCAGGCAAAUUGAUUCAUCCAUUGGUUUUCCAAGAAAGCUGAUUUUUAUGAAUUUGGAAGACUGCAUAAGCCUUAUCAUGAUACCACAUUUUGCAUAUGUCCUAGAUCUUGAAACACUAAAUCUCAAAGGAUGUAUAAAACUUAGGAAGAUUGACCCAUCCAUUGGUCUUCUAAAGAAGCUUUCCUUUUUGAACUUUAAAAAUUGCAAAAGUCUAGCAAGCUUACCUAACAGCAUAUUUGGCCUCAAUUCUCUUGAGUAUCUAAGUCUCUCUGGCUGUUCAAAACUACAUAUCCAAUUAUUUGGUGAACAAAGAGAUGCAGAAUAUUUGAAGAAGCUUUGUAUAGGUGAAGCUCCAAUUUACUCCCAAUCAACAUCCACCUAUUCCAGAAGAGUAAAUAAAAAUUUAGUUAGUUGUUUGUUGUCUCCCUCAUCCACUUUCCUAUGUAUGCGUUACGUUGAACUAAGUUUCUGCAAUUUAGUUCAAAUCCCUAAUGCUAUAGGAAAUUUACCUUGUUUGAAAAGGCUAAAUUUAAGUGGAAACAAUUUUGCUACACUACCCAACCUCAAGGAGCUUUCCAAACUGUAUUACUUAAACUUACAACAUUGCAAGCAGUUGAAAUGUUUGCGUGAGCUCCCUUCACAAACUAACUUGCCCUCAAGAACAUACCAACCGCCAUCGUUAAUUUUAGAAUUAGGCGAACUUGGUUUUAGAGAAGGGCCAUGGUCAACUACAGAACCUACAACUGAUAUAAGCCAACCAGGAUUAUAUAUUUUCAACUGCCCAGAAUUAGUUGAGAUGGAAAGCAGCAUUAACAUGAGUUUGUCAUGGAUGAUACAAAUUAAUAAUCAUUAAGCACCUGGCAGACUACCAAUACAAAGAUCUGAAAAACUCUCCUGUGGAUCCAAACGUUGAGAUUAUUGUUCCAGGAAGUGAGAUACCAAGGUGGUUCAACAUUCAGCAUGUGGGCAUGGGAACUUUCAUAACCAUAGACAUAGAGGCAUCUCCCCUCGGACAACAUGACAAUAACUGCAUUGAAGUUGCUUGUUGUGUAGUAUUUGCUGCUCGUUCUAGGUGGGGAUUACCUUUUGGGAUGAAUCCUCCAAAUCCAAGAACAGUCCAUCGUCGUUAUGCUAUAAUGCCGGUGGUUCUCGAUGAAGAUCUUGUCAUGGAAAAAUCAAAUCACAUGUGGUUAUUCUAUUAUGAUCCAAAACACUCCAUCAUGACCAAUUCGAGCAGAUAUUCUAAAUUAUAGUAGACAGGCAUGGCUUUCAUGUUGAGGUGAAGAAAUAUGGUUAUCGUUGGAUAUAUGAACCGGAUCUAGAACUGUCAAACUUAACAGUUCCUCGUAGUGGAAAUUUGUCUGCUCAGAAGCACAACAUUUUGGCAAUUGAAGAAAACUUGUAGCACCUACAUUUCAGCUACACUUGCAGCAAAGUGAAGAAUUGGAGGCAUUGUUGAAAAUGUAAGCAAGAUUUGCAACAAUCAAACAAAACUAAAAUGCAAGUAGAAGCAGCUGUAGCAUUCAAAUUCACCAUGAUUUAAGGGAUAGCAGUCCAAUCCUCUUUCUGUUAAAUUUAAUCCACUCUGUUUGAAGAAGGUGAGAAGAAAUGCUUUAUUUCUUACCAGACAUUCAAUUUUUUAAUUUGUGUUUGCACAUAUUUUGGCUUCCAAAUUUAUUAAUCUCACUCCAAGUUUAUCCUUGUGACUCCAAGGUGGCACUUAACAUUCCUGUCUCUUGUUAACAUCCUUGUGACAAGUUUAGCAUUAAAUGAAAUAAAUAGCCGCACUUCUAUCUCCAUAUCUACAUCAAAGAAAAUAAAACAGAGGAACAAAGUGAGGAAAUAUAAAUAAUGGAAGAAUCUGCAAAAGGAUGAAAGGAUGCUGCCAAACCCUCCCUGGAAAACACAAUCAAGCUGUUGUAUAAUCAAUUAGAGCAUUUGGACCUAUAGAAUGAUCCUUCCUUCUGCAAUUUAUUGUAAGCCACAAACUUCCAAAUGCCAAUAUAUCAUAAGGUAUAAGCAAAUGAAUAAUGACAAAACUUUUAUUUGAAGAGACAUGAAGAGUCACAAAGGGGAACUGAUGCAAAUUCUAAAUUAGGUUCUUAUGAUAAAUUUUUAUGUGAUUCUGGUUUACUUAUUCCUCAUGUUGUAGGCUAGUUAUAAAUAAAGAAUGGAUCAAAUGUGACAAGUUCUAUAAUUUAAGUGUUAUACGAACCAAUUAAUUUGUUAAUUUAUGAAAUACUUUAUCAUUCUAGUAUUUUACAUUGUUGAUUUAAAAUGUGUGACCUGUGAAACUGGCCUUACCUAGUCACUUGUCAGCUAGGGGUGUUACAAUCUAUUUUACCAAUUUAUGAAGAAGUUUAUAUGUAUGAGAUGAUACAUCUUAUAUUCAACAGCUCCAGU